GAAAAGUUGUGCACUGUCCGCUGCGUGCUGAGGGAAGGCUGGCCCUGUCCGGGGCAGGGCAGGGCAGGGCAGCGCAGGCUCCCCGCCCGCGUCCAGCCCGGGGGAGUGUGUCCGGCAGGCGGGCUGCAUUGUGGGACGGACGGGCGGGCGGGCGGGAGCGGCUGACCAAUGAUUGAAUAUGAUUGAGGAGCGAGUGCGGACCCCGCGAGCGAGCGCAGACAGCCGCAGCGCGAUCGCCCAACGACUCCGCCGCAUUAUGCCUUCCCUUCUCCUCUCGGCAUGGAGGCAGGCAUCGUGAGAGGAAAACACACCAGAAAGACCGGUGUCGUUCUCUGCUUGAUUGCGAUUUUUAGCAGCGCGAUCGCCCAGAAAGGUGAUGGUUGUGGACACACUGUUCUUGGACCAGAGAGUGGAACAUUUGCAUCAAUAAAUUAUCCAGAGACAUAUCCCAAUAACACUGUUUGUGUCUGGGAGAUUCGUGUACAGCCCAAUCAGAGAAUUAUUUUUAAGUUUGGAGACUUUGACAUUGAAGACUCAACCUCUUGUCAUUUGAGUUACCUAAGGCUUUACAAUGGGAUUGGCUCAGGCCGAAGUGAAAUUGGUAAAUACUGCGGACCUGGAUUUCAGAGGGAAAAGGUUAUAGAAUCAGAGAGCAAUGAAGUCACUGUUCAGUUUAUGAGUGGGACUCAUAUUUCUGGUCGAGGGUUCCUCGUAUCUUACUCUACGUCAAAUGAAUCAGAUCUAAUUACCUGUUUAGACAAAGGGAGCCAUUUCUCAGAGCCUGAAUUCAGCAGGUACUGUCCUGCUGGAUGCCUGACCCCUUUUGGCGACAUCUCUGGAACUAUCCCUCAUGGUUAUCGCGAUUCUUCGUUGCUAUGUAUGGCUGGUGUUCAUGCUGGUGUAGUGUCUAAUUUUCUGGGUGGCCGGAUCAAUGUUGUGAUCAGUAAAGGCAUUCCAUAUUAUGAAAGCACUCUUGCAAAUAAUGUGUCCUCGAAACUAGGACCGUUAUCGGCUAAUCUGUUUACAUUCAAGACCAAUGGUUGCUAUGGAACAUUGGGAAUGGAAUCUGGCGUCAUUAGAGACAGCCAGAUCAAUGCAUCUUCAGUUUUACAGUGGCAUGAUCCUUCAGGAAAAUUCCAUGUCUGGGGGCCAGAAAAAGCACGCCUGAAGAAGCCAGGCUCCCCCUGGGCUGCAUUUCACUCUGAUGAAGCCCAGUGGCUACAAAUAGACUUAAAGAAGGAAAAGAAAAUAACAGGUAUAAUUACUACAGGUUCCACUCUGGGUCAAUAUGCUUUUUAUGUCUCCGCAUACCGAAUCCUAUCCCGUGAUGAAGGAGAGGAUUGGAAGGUUUAUAAAGAACCAAACAGUGACCUGGACAAGAUUUUCCAAGGAAAUGCUAACAAUUACCAAGAGGUUCGGAACAACUUCAUCCCACCUAUUAUGGCCCGCUACAUCCAGAUCAAUCCAGUGCAGUGGCAUCAGAAGGCAGCACUAAAAGUAGAGCUAUUGGGGUGCCAGCCACUCCAACCAUCUUUGGCUCGAGCUCCAGCUCAAUCUCGACCUCCUUUGCUCAGGACAGAAAUCACUCCAAAGUUUGAAAAAACUACAUUUACACCAGAUGUCAAGAACAAUUCAGUGACUCCCAAGGUGUCCAAAGAUGUGGCGUUGGCUGCUGUCCUGGUGCCUGUAUUAGUCAUGGUUCUCACUGCUUUUAUAAUGGUCCUUGUAUGUGGCUGGCAUUGGAGAAACAGAAAGAAACCUGUUGAAGGACCAUACAGUCUGCCUUAUUGGGAUCGAGCAGGCUGGUGGAAGGGAAUGAAGCAGUUUUUGCCUGCAAAGAACGCUGAGUCUGACGACACUUCAGUGCGCUACACCAGCAGUGAGAUGAACCGGCUGAGAGCCCGAAAUGGCAGUACAGUGAUCCAGACAGAAUCUGCAGAGUAUGCCCAGCCGCUUGUGGCAGGAGUUACAGGAACAUUACGGCAGAAGUCCACUUUCAAACCAGAGGAAGAGUCUGAAGUAGGAUUCAGUGAUCCCGAUGGCAAUGGUCACUAUGAUGCACCUGUGUCAGAGAUUUACCAUGCCUAUGCAGAACCCUUGCCAGCUUCAAGCCCUGAAUAUGCCACUCCAAUCAUCAUGGAAAUUUCUGCACACCCAACAGGACCCUUGGGAUCUAUGGCUUCCUCCACCUUCAAAUCAACAGUGAGCACAGUGCCUUCAUUGGUGGGUAAUGUGGGCCCCUCUUUACCCUGGACUGAGGGUCCUCCUUCAGGACAGAUGGGCUAUGAUACACCAAAAGGAAAGAUACUCCCAGUGUCUGCAGAGGAACAAGUAUAUCAGGUACCAAAUAAUGUAUCACAGAUACCAACAACGUCACAUGCUGAGUGAACUCAGAAAGGGAACAUCACACAGAGUGUACUUUCAUGCAGAGGAGGAAGUGAGUUCAGAUGACCGUUCCCAUGGUGAAAGAAAUGAUUGUCCAAAGCUAAUGGGUAGACAUGAUGAUUGCUGAGAGACUUUUUUCUGUUACCGCUAAUGGAUGGAACAUGGAGUCUUAACUGAUUGCUAUUCUAUUGCAUGUGCCUGGAAUGUAGUUGAUUCAUACUGGCUUGGUAUUUUACACCAUCACGUACCAAAGGGUUAGAUAAUGCAAUGCACUAAAAGGUAGAAAUGAUUUUGAUUCUGUCAGUCCAUCAGGUUCAGUUUGCCUCAUUUUAUACUGAAGACUAGCAAUUGUAGCUUUUCCAUUUGAAAAACCCUUCUUAGAUUGAGAGACAUAGAUGAGUGUUAAAUCUGAGAGACAUUUCAUGUUAGUGUUAACUAUGUGCAAGGCUAAUUGGUGUAACACCUCAUAUUUUUCAACUAAGAUAAGUCCAACUCUAGUUUGACUUUCUUGAACCUAUCAAACAACAUUUUAUAGUCUAAGUUUGGUUAGAGUCCUAGAGCAAUUCAGUAUGGGUAUAAGCUCCCACGGCUCUAGUUCAAGUUUAAGUUUUUUUUACAUUCAACCUUUCAUGAAUGUAGCCAAAAGAAACCAUGUUUCUCUGGGGCCAAGAUGCAAAACACAUUACCAGCAACACAUAGCACACUGCAUGUAACACAGUUACCAUUUCAGAAAAAAACACAAAGAGAAGAAGCAAAGAUAAAAAGAGUAAUAUAGCUCUCAUCCCUGAGUGGCAUAACUAGAAUUGAGGUUAGUUAAGUUGGCCUGGUCCAACUUGCUCUUCCAUCAAGUGAACGCUGGAGGACACCACUGUGCAAACACUGGAGGGUUACACCGAUGGGAAGGUGCAGCCCCCAACCCAUUUACAGAUUCUAGUUCACCCCACAGAGGAUCUCCCACACCGCCUUGGUGUCUCCUCUCCUGGUUGGCUGCCAUAGGCAACUCCGUGGCAUGAGCCUUGCUCAACCGAGGCCAUGCAACUGCCCUGUCAUCAGUCUCGCCACUGAACCAGUAAACUGUACUUUCAGUAUACUAUGUUACCAAUGUCCAACAGGGUCUUGUGAUCACAAUAAAAACAUGUAAGAUAAUCACUCGCACUGCAUACCGUCCAGUGGUACAUGACAAGUCCAUAUGACAACACAACAAUGGUACACAAUAAGUCCAACUCCAUUGCUAUCGAGCAAUUCACUGAUGGAAUAGUCCUGCGGUACUUGAUGUUCUUCGUAUCCAGCAGUGACUUAUGAUUGUAAAAAAGACAAACACAUUGAACAAUUACACCUUUGAUUGGACCCAGGGUGCCCGCUGAAUCUGAGCGUUCUGCCAUCUUACUGGACCAAUGAGUCUAUGCCAGCUAGUCCCAGAUUCCCUAUAAGCCCUGUGUACCUAUCCAAGUGCAUCUUAAAUAAUGCAGCUUAACCUGCUACAACCACUUCUUCUGGCAUGUUUUGUAUACUCACCACAUGAAAAUGUUGCCACUCAGAUCCUUUUUAAAUCUUUCCUCUCUCACCUAGUUUUGGUCCCCCACUGCCCUGGGUAAAAGCUGUUAAACUAUCUACCUUAUCUAUGUCUCUCAUCUUAAAUAUUUCCAUAACAUUGCCCCUCAUUCUUCUAUAUUCCAAUGAAUAAAGAUGUAGCCUGGCUAAAUAACUCGGGCCCUCUUGUCUUUGCAACAUCCUUCUAGAUAUUUUCUGUACCCUUUCCAUUUUAACUAAAUAUUUUCUAUAACAGGGUGUGCAAAGCAGUGCACAGUACUCUAAAGUGUGUCCUCACCAAUGAUUUGCUUAACUGCAAUUUAAUACUCCCAUUUCCUAUAUUCAAUGCCCUGAAUGAAGCUAAAUGUCUUUUCACCACCUGUCUACCUGUCAUGCUGCUUUCAAUUAACUAUGAACUUAGUCCUUCUGUUCUACUAACAUUUCCUAGUGCCCUGUCAUUUAAAGUACAAGUCUUGCAUUGAUCCUGUGAAGAAACUGACAUGGUGACAUAAUCCUUUAUAAGGGAGCCUUUGAUAAGUGUAUACAUGGUCAUUUUGACAUUUAAUGUAAAGUGACCUGGAACAGUGCAGCAUUGUAUAGUUGAAUUUCUUCUCAUCUGCAUUACAUUGAAAUUAAGUCAAGAAACCCAUUACAUUGCAGUGCCUUCCUCUUAAUGUCACAUUUUCGAUGCUAUUUAUUCGACAAGUUCAUUUUAACUUUCUACUAGAUCGUGGGUGCAGCAGGUGACUCACUGUAUUAUCUUUGUCUACUUCCUAGGAUGUUUACAGAAUAAUUAGUACCAGCCCCUUCUCGCUAAUAGUGUUUCUGUCUUUAUUUACUGUGGCAGAGCACUGCAACUGUUUAAAUUAUUUCUCUUUUUUUUCCGCAACUCUUCACAUUCCUGAAAAGACCAAGUGCCAAAAGAUAAUUAUUUUACAGUUGAAUUGAAGCAGUUACACUGCUGCAAAUGUUGUCUUAAUGAUUUACCCACAAUAAUGGUUGCUGGCAUUGAAAAUAUGAUCUUGCUGCCAACUAGUAGCAUUGUGCCUUGAGAGAAAGAUGGAGAGAUUAGAUUCAUACAAGUUUCUUCCUGCACCCUUAUUCAAGUGAUCUGACAGCAUUAACAAUAAUUAAAGGUUGUAAUACUAAGCAUGUGGUAAAUGAUUGAAAUAAAAUAAAUUAGAAAAGAGCUUCAUUCCUUUAUACCUCAGAAUCUCAUGUACCCUUGGCAACUGAACACUUAGUAUUGAUCAAAUUAGCCAUAAACUUAAGACUGAAGCUUCAGACUAAUAGCUUUUGGCACAAAGUGUUGCUCAAGGACAGGACAAAUUGGAGAAGAGUAUACCUAAUUUUCUGAAGAAAAUUGCUAGUUAUUUGAGUCAGAUUCUAUCUUGGCAGGGUUAUUAUAAGUAAAAUCUACUGAGUUACGAUUAAUCAUUUUGUUUAUUCUCUCUCUAGCUCUUCUCUCUGUCCUUAGGGCUGUUUGUAAUGAAAGUAAAAGGUUAAACAUGUCACCUAUACCAAGGAUUAGUAAGAAAUAAGAUUCAGUCCAAAGGACAUUGAAUUACAAGUUGCUUCAGUUUCAUAUAAUUGAUUAUCUAACCUCCAAGGCAAAGAAACAUGAAACAAUAUUAUUUUGCACUCCUACCAUUUGUAAUUUACUAAAAAAGUUAGUAUUGUUUCCAUUUGGCACUGGAUCCCCAUUCUGUUGUCCUGUUGGUGACAGAUAACAUGAUUUUUUUCACCUUAAAUUAGCAUUUAUCAUUAAGCCCCCAGUAUGAAUCAAAUCUCUGCAAAAACUUACUUCCUUUUGUUACCUUGACUUGUACUGUAGUCAGGAUAUUAUUUGUAUAUUUUGGUAGCAUUUAGAUUGUAUACAUAGAGUGAAAAAUUUUUGAUGAUUUGAUAUGUGAUUGAAAUGUAUGUUUAUAGAUUAUCAGAUGAGUAACUGACUGAUAGAAAAUUAUUGAAGCCCUCAGUCUCAAUUACAACUGGUUGAAUCUUCCUUGUGCUCUGCAAUGACUUAAAUUUAUUCCAGACCCAGUGCUGGGUUUGACCUUUGCAGAAGGUUGAGGCUAUUUAUUUUAAAACAUAACUUGGUUUAUUUUCUCAGUAUCUGAAUUUCACUGCAAUUUAACCUUUCCUUUUUAAGAGGCAUCAAAUGGUACACACGUUCAGAAUAUCUGGUGUUGCUUAUGAGCUAAGGCUGAAAUGCUAAUGUUCAUGCCAGCUCAAUGAAUGCAUCUAAAAUUAAUUUUCAAGCCACAGUCAGAGUUAAUAAGAUGCAGUAAUGGUAGUAAAAUACAAAAAAAUCUUGGAGGUGCUCUUAGCGUGUCAGGCAGUGUCUAUAGAGAGAGAAACAGAUACUGUUUUGGGUUGAAUUGGAAAAGUGAUAAAGCAAAUGUGUUCCAAGUUGUGGUGGGGGGGGGGGGGGGGAAGGGGAGGUAGAGUACCUGUCUUUGUCUCUUCUACAUAUUGUUUAGAAUUGGAGAGGGAAAGACCAGGAGGAAUAGAUCAGCUCAGAGGAAGGUGAGUGGGCAUGAAAGGUACUGAACAUCUUAUGUUCUAAAUGCAACAUCUGUGUCUCCUUUAUUUAAUUCUGUUAAUUAUCUGCAAAUGUGCUUGACCCCAUUGUUCAAAUCUAUGAAGAUAAAAUAUCCCUGGUCAACCACACUUGAAUAUUCUGCCUGUAAUGGUCAAGGAACCUAAGAGAGUUCUUGAAAAGGAAAACAUUAAGAAACCUCUUAGAAAAGAAAAAGGAAAAAUGUAUUUCAUAAUUGAGGCAUAUAGAGUAGGUGAAUGAGACUAAUUGAUAGGUAGUUGAGAGAUCCAGCAUUACACAGUAGGCUAGCUGCCUUUUUUUUUUCCUUCUAGUUAUAUCACUCAUAUUUUGGGUAUUUCUAAUCUUUUAAGGGCUAUUUGAGAUCUAGAAAUCUGAAGAUGAAUGAUGAAUUCAUAUAAACUUCCUGAUAAUAUUAAUAGCAUAAUCAGUUUGUUAACGUUUCCAUAUUGUAAGAAAACCCGUUAAAGUUAAUUUGAUCAAGAAUAUGUUCAGACUUUACGUGUUAGGUGGUCUAUACCAGAGCAGGUACAUUUGUUGAAUGUAGGACCAUAGUCUUGUUAAGUAAUUAUCAUAAUUUAUUAUUGUCAAAUAGGAUAUUUUGAAAAUGUUAAAUAGAGGAAAAUUUAAGGAAGUAGCCAGGAAAUGAUUCUCCACAUCAGUGUUAUUUCUGUCACUGAACUCCUUAUAUUUUAGCUCCAUUCAUAUACUCCACACCAAUGGCUUUACUAUUUCAAAGCUCCACUUAGCCUUUGUUCUUAAGUUCAUCUGUGCUCUUCAACAUUUGUAGAAUUGAAAGGAAUGGUCUUAAAGCACAGAAGUUGCUUACUGGAUUGUCACAGUAAUAAGGAAAUUCUGGUUUAAAUUAAGAUUGGUUAAAGUGCCCUGUGAUCAGAUACUAUCAAUUGAAAAACCAGAUUGGGGUGAAUGACAGUUUCAGUUCAGAAUUUUUUUUAUAACAAUGAAACUUCACUGAAAGCUUUCAACUUUAUUGUGCAAACCUAAUCAAAAUUAUAAAGUAAAUGGGAAAAUUGACUUUCCUUUAAAGCAUGGCUAGUUUGCAUUUUUAAAAUUACCAGACGGUGCAAUCAAAAAAAAUAUCUGAGCGAAAGCCACUUGUGGUAACUACAACCGAGACAGUGGUUUUGCCUCGUCUUCAGUGGCCUCAUUCAGAGGCAGAGGUCAAAUUGAAAACAAUGUGAAAAAGGAGCAAAUCAGAAUUCUGCGGAUGACUGACAUCUAGAGAAAAUUCAACCAGUGGGACUGAGUUUUAACAAACUAGAGUGCAAGUGUUUGUUUAAAGGUACGUACUUCUGGAAAAUGAAAGCCUCUACUGAAAUGCCACAGAAAGACAGCAAUUGUUAUCGUAAGGAGAGCUUCUUUGUUCUACAUUAUUUUAUGAAUCUUGCUGUAAGGUGUGUUCGAUCUUUCAAAGGGAUUUAUUUCUGUGAAAUAAUAGUUUUGAUUAGUACUUGCUCUACACUAUAGAAGGGCAAACUGCAUUCUUUUAGUAGGAUGUAAUUGUCAGCACACCAUAGAAUUUUCAGAUUUUAUUAACAGAGUACAAUUUCACAAAGAACUCCCCACUGGUGCCUCUCUAUUGUCCUUUACUUCCCAUAAUUUACAAUAUGCUGCAUUCUUUUCCUAGACUAUAUCUGCCAACACAACAAAAUAUCCUCUUUAAUAAAUACUUUGUAAAAUCCUUUUGUAGGAACAAUGUUCCACAACAAGAACCCAUCUAACUUUCCCUCUGUUGGUGCUACCCAAUCAACUUAGUUCUUCUCCAAUCUCUUAUCUACACAGUAAUUGCAAUUUAUUAAACUUUCUUUACCAUUUCCAUUAUUGUUUUUAAUCCUUGCAUCUGUGCAUUUCAAUUUUUUUUUAAGUUUGUGAGAAUUUCAACAAAAAUCACCGGAGUUGAGCUUAUUUUACACAAUCCAUAUAAUUCAGAAAAGGCCUGAAGUUUAAUAUUGAAUGUUACAUUUAAAAAAUAAAUCCAGUGUACAGGAUUACUGGUCUUAUAAUGCAUGUCAACCAAUGUGUGUGACCCAUGCACAGCGAUUUGUCAAUCCUCUGUAUUUUGUAAGAUGCACCUUGUUAUUUUAAUGUAAAUCACUGAAUUUGUGCUGAAACUGCAAGAGAUGUUUCCUGAUAGUAGAUUGUGAGAGUCACGGACUUGUCUUUUCCUCAUUAUUUUUAGAUAAGACAAUCUUUACUGGUUCAGUUUCUAUAAAAACAAAAUAUACAUCAA